ACUAUCACUUGUUCACGUUUCAGUAUUUUCACAAUUUAGCUUCGAAACCCUAUUCAAGCAGCCCACAAAUGGAGGGGAUAGAGCAUAGGAUAAUCGUAGUCAAUGGCAUAAACAUGCACGUUGCCGAGAAAGGGAAAGGCCCUUCGAUUCUUUUCCUCCAUGGAUUCCCAGAGCUUUGGUAUUCAUGGCGCCACCAAAUCAAUGCUUUCGCCUCGCUCGGCUACAGAGCUUUGGCUCCUGACCUGCGUGGAUACGGGGAAACGGAGGCACCAGGUGAUGCCUCGAGAUACACCUAUCUGAACGUGGUGGGGGAUCUCAUUGGUCUCUUGGACGUUGUCGCCGCCGAAGAGGAGCAGGUUUUUGUCGUCGGACAUGACUGGGGUGCGCUCAUCGCUUGGUGGUUGUGCAUGUUCAGACCAGACAGGGUUAAGGCUUUGGUUAACAUGAGUGUCGUGUUCAAUCCUAGGAACCCUUAUGGAAAGCCUCUUGAAACUCUCAGAGCUGUCUAUGGUGAAGAUUAUUACAUCUGCAGAUUUCAGGAGCCUGGAGUCAUAGAGGCCGAGUUCAAAGAGAGAGGAUAUGAGAGGAUUCUAAAGGGAUUCUUUACAUACCGUACACCAGGUCCCCUUCUUUUACCAAAGAGAAAAUGUUUUGGACACCCAGACACUCCAGUAAGCUUGCCCUUAUGGUUAUCAGAGGAAUAGUUCAAGUAUUAUAUCGACCAAUAUGAGAAGAAAGGCUUCACCGGAGGAUUAAACUAUUACCGAGCUAUAAACUUAAACUGGGAACUUACAGCACCAUGGACAGGGAGUCAAGUAAAAGUGCCGGUUAAGUUUAUCGCAGGCGACCUGGAUCUGACCUACAAUGCGCCGGGAACCAAGGAUUACGUGCAAAAAGGAGGUUUCAAGAAAUAUGUUCCAUUUCUGGAGGAAGUGGUUGUCAUGGAAGGAGUAGCACACUUUCUCCAUGAAGAAAAACCUGAUGAGAUCAAUAAACAUAUUCACGACUUCUUGAAGAAGUUCUAGUUUGCUAUAUGAGAUCUUCCCCUCUUUUUACUUG